CAAUCGAUCCAAGAUGCAAGAACUUUGAAUUUGAAGGUACUACAUUGAAAUAUCAAGAUUACUUUAGAUUAGAGUAUGAUCAAAUUAUAAGUGAUAAAAGUUUUGAGCUGUUAUUAAACAAAGUAGCACUUGAUCUAUCUGGGUCAUUCAUAUCAAUG